AUGUCAUUAAACUACAUAAAGAACUUCUAUGAAGGAUUUCUCCGGCCACCCACUGUGAUUGGUCAAUUCCACACCCUGUUCUUUGGCUCUGUGCGUAUGUUUUUCCUGGGGGUUCUGGGAUUUGCAGUUUAUGGCAAUGAGGCUCUUCACUUUAGCUGUCUCCCUGACCGGAGGGAACUAAAUGUCUUCUGUUACAACCAGUUUCGACCAGUAACACCUCAGGUGUUCUGGGCCUUACAGCUUGUAACAGUCCUUGUACCAGGGGCUGUGUUCCAUCUUUAUGCAGCAUGUAAAAAUAUGGACCAGGAGGACAUUCUUGAGCAACCUAUCAACACAGUCUUGUAUAUAAUCUCUGUGCUUUUGCGGAUGAUCCUGGAGAUGGCUGCAUUUUGGUUGCAGAGCCAUCUCUUUGGUUUUCUGGUUCAGCCCAUGUUCAUGUGUGAUGCCAGCUCACUGGAAAAGACCUUUAACUUCACCAAGUGUUUGGUUCCAGAGUACUUUGAAAAGACAAUCUUCCUUGGUGCAAUGUAUGUAUUUACCAUCAUCACUGUGCUUUUGUGUAUUGCUGAGAUUUUUGAAAUUCUUCGCAGAAGGGGUGUUUUGUGA